AUGUUUAAGCUAAUAAAGGAAACAGAUCAAUAUGCCAUAUAUCUGGACCACAAAAAUCUUAUAAACGAGGCCUAUAAAGAGUUUCAACUCAGGCAGGAACUGUUUCAUUUUGAAUUAAAAAAGACGCUUAAGGAGUUUGGGGCAAAAAAGCGUAAAAGAAAAGCAAACGACAAGGAGUCCGAACCUCAGUCUGAUCCUCAAGUUAUAGAGUACUUGGGCCUUUUGCCAGAGCCCGCUCCAAUAGGGGAGGCCAAACCGUUGGCCAAAUGCUGGGAAAAUUCCUACAGCGUGCCGCAGCUUCAUGGAGCCAACAAGAGCGGCCGGAUGCAGCGGUUCCAGUACCAGGAGGACGUGUAUCUAAUCCCAGAUAGAGCCUGCUUCUACAACCACAAUGUGGACCAGUUGCCAACCCUACUACCCCAACUGCUGCCUGCCUACGACCUGAUUGUGAUGGAUCCCCCAUGGCGGAAUAAGUAUAUUCGUCGGUUGAAGAAAGCCAAAAAAGAACUUGGCUAUGGCAUGAUGGACACCGACCAGCUCGCUCUGAUGCCACUCUCCAGUCUCAUCCAUCCACGGUCACUGGUGGCCAUCUGGUGCACCAAUUCUGGGCAACAUCAGACUGCGCUGGAGCAGCAGCUGCUCCCAAAGUGGAAUCUACGGCUUGUGCACAAGUUGCGAUGGUACAAGCUAAACACUGACCACCAACUGAUUACUCCGCCACAGGCGGAUCUCAUCCAGAAACAGCCCUACGAAAUGUUAUACGUGGCCUGUCAUACCAAUGCUGCGCCGGAUUAUGGAGAGAAUCUACAGAAAACACAGCUUCUAAUGAACAUACCCAGCAUAAUUCACUCUCACAAGCCACCUUUGUUGGAAUGGUUGCGUGAGCACAUAGUCCUCGAAGAGGGCCAAAAGGAACCAAACUGCCUGGAACUCUUUGCCCGCUACCUGCAGCCCCAGUUCACUUCAAUUGGAAUGGAGGUACUUAAACUAAUGAACCAAGAACUGUACAAUUGUUGAGUUUUAACAAUUUUAUUUGUGUACUGUUAAUGAGAGAAAAUGCAGAAGAAUUUUGUGUUUUUUGGGGGGGACCGGACGAAUUUCGUCCAGAACUAAAUGUUAAACAUUUAAGGGUGGCGUGUGUGUGGGUUUUGUGUUCAUUUUUUUCGUAGUUUUUGUUAAAUUAAGUAUUAAAGGAUAUUAAGCAUUAUUAAUACACGUGGUUUGUGGCAGGAUCUAC